GGCGGUUGUAGCAAAACUUGAAUAUUAAUGAACGAUAGAAUUGCUGUUCAAUAAUCUGAAUACAAAUUGGUGAAUUGAAUGGGAUCGAUCGCUUUAUGUUUGGAUGAGCUCUUUAUAAGAUGCAAUAAUGGAAGAUGAAAACGGAGAGGCAAAAGCUAUAAUUGAGACAGAAACGACUAUCACACUUGGAAAGUAAAACGCACGAGCGACUGUAAAAGGAUUAGCGAUGGGUUGCAAAUUUGUAUACGCGCUGACCACUGCGUUGGCGCUCCAAAUAAUUCGGGCGUCGAGGCUCAUGUGCCCAAGUGACCCUAACUGCGUUUGCGGCGGCACGCUCGCUGUCGAACUCAAUUGCAAUAUCGACGGACGUAUAGUAAAAAUAAAUCUACUACCGAAUACUUAUAUGAAUAUAAAAUGCGAGAACAGCACAAGUCUCGAUUACAGUAAAUUACCAAAAUGUGCCAAUAUUACAAAUUCGUUCAAAUCUGUUAGUUUCAAGGACUGUCCAAUACCAUCAACAUCUUUCAAAGAUGUGUUGACGCGGAUGGGAGUGACCAAAACAAUGGCACUGAUAUUUCAAAAUGCAAAGAUUUUAUCAGGAUACCUUAGUAGAAAACAUUUUGCUGGAUUACAAGAUUUAACAAAAUUAUUACUAUCUAUCAAUGGAGUCACACAUUUACCAAACAAUUUAUUUGAAGAUAUAAAUAACUUGACUUGGCUCAAUAUACGUUCGAAUAGUAUUAAUCUGUCAGAAGAGCUAUUGAAACCUCUGGAGAGAUUAGAAACGUUAGAAAUAAGUCACAACCACAUGACCAAUAUAUCUUCGAAUUUAUUUUCUCAUUUAUCUUUCUUGCGAAAACUCUCAUUAUGGCAGAGUAACGUCACCUGGUUCUCUAAAGAUUUUUUCUCGGGGGUGGACGUUCUCGAAGAAUUGGAUUUAAGUUCUAAUGGACUUAACGAACUUCCUGGUUCGAUAUUCAAACCGCUCCGGAAAUUGAAGAAACUAACUUUAUUCUCGAAUAAAUUUUCGUCGCUACCGCAGAAUUUGUUCAAGAACAAUGUUGAAUUAGAAACGGUCGUCAUUCUGAACAAUGACGUGAAGUUGCAACAACUUCCGAGGUAUAUGUUUGGUAAUUUGUCAAACCUAAAGUUGAUUUAUAUCCAGAGAUGUGGACUUGAGAAACUACCUUACGAUGUGUUUGCCGACUCGCCAUCGGUUACAAACAUAUCUCUCGCUUACAACGACAUCGAUGUCCUGCCAGAAGCAGUGUUCAAUGAUCAGAUAAACCUACUCGAAUUAGAUUUAAGUCACAAUGUACUGAGAAAAUUGGAGCCAAAGAUAUUUAGCUCCUUGGUAAGAUUAGAAAGGCUUGACUUACGCUACAACUCUCUUGUGGAAAUCAGUGGAUCAACAUUUUCAUCUUUGCUCAGUCUUAUUUAUUUGGAUUUGGAACACAAUAAUUUGAAAACAAUAUCGUCAUAUUUGUUCAGUAACAAUAAACAGAAGAUGUCUGUCUCCUUGGCCUAUAACAAACUUGAUUUCGAGUAUAAGGAAUUAAAGAACAACUCAUGGGUUCACAAUAAAAUUUCACCUUUCGCCCAUACGUACCAUUUGAGAUUAUUAAAUUUGAGCCACAAUGCAUUUCAUUCAGCAUUUGACGAUUGGUGGUCGAAUGGCCAUGACAUUUUGGAUAUCAGUUUCAAUAAGAUACAUAAACUAUGGAAUGACGAUCGGGAUAAUUUAGGAACAAGUUUUUCAAAAUGGUCUUAUAAAGAUAUUUUGAAGAAACCAUUGAAAAAAGUGUGGAUAUCACAUAACCCGCUGAACUGCGAAUGCCAUAAUUUUUAUUUUCUCAAUUUCAUAACGGAAGAUUCGAAAACUGAGGUCGUUGAUAUAGGUUACUUCAGCUGUCCUUUUUGGUCAAGAGAAUCCUGCCGUAUGAGAUUUAUGAUAAUUGCUUCAAUUAUAACAAUAUUCGUUUCAUUAUAUAUAAUUGUACUCAUUUUGUUCGUGAUAUAUAGAAAACAAGUGAAUACAUUGAUAAAGAAAAAACUCUGCAGGAGACGAAAUAAAAAUAAUGAAACGAAACAACAUUUAAACGAAACGGACAUAAUGGUGAAAUAUUGUGAACAUGAUGAAGAGUUCAUACUGAAAGAGGUAAUACCAGGAUUGAAAAGUCAAAAGGAGAUAAAGAUACACAUGAAUCCCAUCACAAACACCAGGAACAAGCAAUUCAUAAAAAAUUUGAAAAUGUGUGUCAAGGAUGCACACAAAUACACCACAGUUGUCGUGUUUUCCCCAAACUACUUAACGUCAGCUUACAGUCACGUGAAUAUAAAGAAAAUUCACGGUGAAAUGUUGAAGGCGAAAAACACUGUUUAUGUGUUCGCCGAUGUAGGUCCUGAAAAUUCAAUAUACGCUUUCUUAAAAGAGCAAAGAGAUAUGCGUACAUCGGUGGUUUGGGGUGAAACCGAUUUUUGGAAUAGGAUUCUAUCUGUUUUGCCUGUUGAAAAAUAUGAUGGGUACCGAAGAAAAUCCAAAGUAUCCAGACAUAAGGCUAAAUUAACGCCAAAUAUUUCCUUCGAGAAACUACUGGAAUCUUCAGAUCACAAUUCCGUUAACACAUUGUGUACAUACAGUCACGUUUAGUUUGCGGCUCUCUAAAUGUUAGUGAGAUAAAGACUGACUUCUCAAAUUUAACCCAUAAUGUUAUCAGUUUUGAUAUCAACGGAUAACUUUGUAAUUGGACGAACGGCCCCUGUAUAUUUUAUAAAUUUGUGUUAUUAGGUAGACACGA